AUGAACGGCUACGGCUCUCCCUACCUCUACAUGGGCGGCCCGGUGUCGCAGCCGCCGCGGGCACCUUUGCAGCGUACGCCCAAGUGCGCGCGCUGCCGGAACCACGGAGUGCUGUCCUGGCUCAAGGGCCACAAGCGCUACUGCCGCUUCAAGGACUGCACCUGCGAGAAGUGCAUCCUGAUCAUCGAGCGGCAGCGGGUCAUGGCAGCGCAGGUGGCGCUGCGCCGGCAGCAGGCCAACGAGAGCCUGGAGAGCCUCAUCCCUGACUCACUGCGCGCUCUGCCCGGUCCCCCACAGCCUGGGGACUCCGCUGCCGGCCCGCAGCCGCCGCCGCCCUCGCAGCCCUCGCAGCCGCCGACGCGCCCCGCCGCCGAGUUGGCCGCGGCCGCCGGGCUACGCUGGGCCUCCGAGCCUCAGCCCGGGGCGCUGCAAGCGCAGCUCUCCAAGCCAGAUUUGACUGAAGAACACCUUGGGGAUGGCGGCUCAGCAGACAGUACAGAGGCCUUCAGUGACAAAGAUACUGACCAGAGGAGCUCCCCAGAUGUGGCCAAAAAUAAGAGCUGCUUCACUCCCGAAAGUCCUGAGAUAGUGUCUGUGGAUGAAGGGGGGUUUGUUGCCCAGAAAAACGGAGGCAACCCUGAGAGCCACCCAGGGAGCCCCAAGUACAACGCGGAACAGAAUCACCUCCUGAUCGAGGGCCCGUCGGGGACGGUCUCCCUGCCCUUCAGCCUGAAAGCCAACAGACCGCCCCUAGAAGUGUUAAAAAAAAUUUUCCCCAACCAGAAGCCCACGGUGCUCGAGCUCAUCCUGAAGGGCUGCGGGGGGGACCUGGUGAGCGCCGUGGAAGUCCUUCUGUCCAGCCGCUCCUCAGUGGGCGGGGCCGAGCGAACUUCUGCAGAAGCCGAGAGCCUCAUGCUGCCCUCGAACGGGCACAUCUUCGAACACACCUUGAGCUCCUACCCCAUCUCCUCGUCCAAGUGGUCUGUGGGCUCUGCCUUCCGAGUCCCAGACACGUUGAGGUUUUCUGCGGACUCCAGUAAUGUCGUCCCCAACCCCUUGGCUGUGCCUCUGCAGCACCCCUUCCCCCAGCCGCCCCGGUACCCACUGAUGCUGAGGAAUACUUUGGCCAGAAACCAGUCCAGCCCCUUUUUGCCCAACGACGUCACCCUGUGGAACACCAUGACCCUGCAGCAGCAGUACCAGCUGAGGUCCCAGUACGUCAGUCCCUUCCCCAGUAACUCCACCAGCGUCUUCAGAAGUUCGCCUGUCCUACCCACUCGAGCCACAGAGGACCCUCGGAUCUCCAUCCCCGAGGACGGGUGUCAAAUUGUAACAAAGCAGUCCAUUUACACGGAGGACGACUAUGAUGAGAGGUCUGACUCUUCAGACUCUAGAAUACUCAACACAUCAUCUUAAAGUGGAACCUAAAGGGUGGUGACCAGGUGACACUUUCUGUGCAUUCGAACCCUGGGGCACCCCAGGAGACACCAUGUCUAGUGUACCCCUUUCCUUCUGUUUGACAAAGUGACUGUGCUUGAUAUUCUAUACAUUAGCAAUAAAAGCAUAACUUAUUUAAUUUCUUGCACUUCAUUGGAAAAUGCCAAAUAGCUCUGCUCUGUGGCUUUAGUGCUGAAUGUUUAUUGUAAAAGAGAGUCUAAUGCUAAGAAUAGUCUUGGGAAGGCUGGGUUCAUGGGAGAUUUGCUUGGGGAUGUAAAACUGAUGGUCAGCCUUGGUCCUAAACUCAGCCUGGAAUGUUAAGUAAAAUAGUAUACUUGAACGAGAUUUUGUAAAAGGGGAUUCCUCAGGAUAUGUGAACCCUAAAGGAAGUGGUUUGGUGGCAAAUGGACUAUAAACAGGGACGUUAUAUUUGUAUGCUAAAAAAAAUCCUUCUUGCAUUUUAAAGAGAGACUGCACUUCAGAAUUUAAGAAUAGAGUGAACUGCUCAGGCUUGGACAGUUUUCAGAGACAAACUCAUUAAGAAUUAUUCUUUUCACAUGGCUGAAUUGAAACACGUGUAACGUCAAUGUAAAACCAAUCACAGCUGUGAACUGCAUGAAAUGUAUUGUGAAAUGAACACAAAAUUAAGCUUGUCAGGUUAAUGUAGCAUGCUAAGGACUCUAGGAAAAAUAAACU